AUGGCUCUUGAUUUUGUUCUUGAUAAGGGUGCUGCUACAUUCAUAUGGGGUUGUUGUUCCAAUUCUCAUCCACAGGUAGGUCCUGUGUUGAUUGGGAAACUAAGAUAUGAAAAGGUGAACAAAUGUAGUUGUUUCACUGUUUCAUCUCAUCAACAGAGAGCUACCAUUCCUGUUGAAGUUCAAAAGUCCUUGCUUCAUUCUGCUUAUCAGAAUUACUCCAAGGGCUUUCACAGAGACAUCAACAUGCUUCCCAAGCCGUUAACGUUAACGGAUGAUUCUUCUUCUGCAAGGGAUGGAUCAAAGUUGCGCGUCGGUUAUCAGGGACUGCCGGGAGCUUAUAGUGAGGACGCAGCUUUGAAAGCGUAUCCAAAAUGUGAGACUGUGCCAUUAGACGAUUAUGAAGCUGCAUUUAAGGCAGUUGAACUGUGGUUUGUUGAUAAAGCCGUUCUACCAAUUGAAAAUUCUGUGGAUGGAAGCAUCCACCGCAAUUAUGACUUACUUCUUCGACAUAGAUUGCACAUUGUUGGUGAGGUGCAGCAGUGUGUUAACCAAUGUCUCUUAGGAUUGUCUGGUGUGACAAAAGACGAGCUCAACGGUGUUAUGAGUCAUCCUCAGACAGUGGCCAUAAAUUGUGUAAGACAAACUGGAGCUAUUGCAAGUUCCCGAGCUGCAGAAAUAUAUGGCCUGGACAUUCUUGCCGAAGGAAUUCAGGAUGAUGAUGAAAUCGUUACCCGUUUCUUGGUCCUUGCGAGGGAGCCUAGAAUUCCAGGAACUGCAGGGCCUCAUAAGACUAGCAUUGUUUUCAGCUUAGAAGAAGGUCCAGGUGCACUAUUCAAAGCACUGGCGGUGUUUUAUAUGAGGGAUAUUAAUUUGUCAAAGAUAGAGAGUCGUCCACUGAAACAGCGCCCCUUAAGAAUUGUUGAUGAUUCACAUGGAGGGAGUUUCAAGUAUUUUGACUACCUCUUUUACAUCGAUUUUGAAGCAUCAAUGGCAGAACCUCGUGCACAAAAUGCUUUAGGAAAGUUGCAGGAAGUUGCGAGUUUUCUUCGAGUUCUUGGUUGUUAUCCAAUGAAUACACGUGUAUAA